UAGUAAUUUCUAUCCAGUGAUGUCAUACCGACGAAUUCAAAAAGAAAGCGGCGAAUUAUUGUUUGGUCACUCGUUAUGGUCCGCGAACCAGUUGUCAGCGCAAGAG